AUGGCCUUCUUUGACAGUGGUGCUCAGGUCCUUCGAUCCGCAGAUGAACUCCUGCCGCUCUGUCAUCGGUUCAAUGGUUACGCACCCUUCCAGGGAAUUCUUGUUUAUCCCGAGACGGUCGCGGCUUUGGGGAAAUUUCUAGACAAGUACGGGGAUUUUGUGGACAUGACUGGUAUUACUUCUUUCUUCUCGCGAUGUGCUGCUUUCUGGACCCUCGGCUCGGUGCUCCAUGGGAUGGAUACCGUGCUGCUACUGGACAUCACUGAUCACAGGCUCCUUUGCUGGCGGGAUGUAGUUUGUGAGGCUAUGACUUUGGGCUUUCGAGCAGAGUGCCUUCUGAACCUGGUGAAGGAUUUGGCACGUGCCGUAUUUGGGGCACGGGCUGUUCAUAACAUGAAGUCAAAUCCCGGCCUUGAUGAAAUAAGGGUAGCGGCAGAGGCUUUGGUCUUCAAGCAGCAUGAGCUGGAAAACCAGCGUAGGGAAUUGCAUGGCCUCCUUUCUGCCCAAGGUGUCUCCCCUGAUAGUGCUGACUGCGUGAUAGAAGCAGUUACAGGAUCUUCUCAUAGGGCCUCCUCCGUUCUUUUCUAG